AGCGAGCUUGCUGGUAUCUACCUUUCCGGGAGGUGAGGCAACGCUGCUCUCCGCCUUCUCUCCUAGCUUUCCUGGCCCGGACGCGGGGUCUCCGGAGUCAGCCCUCGCCCUCGGGGAAGAGAAACCGCGGCCAGUGGUGGAGAGCGCUGCCAGCUCUGCCUGCCCAGGACUCUUACUGCCUCCAGAGGAGCAAAAGAAAAUGACCAGGUUUCAGGAGGCAGUGACAUUCAAGGAUGUAGCUGUGGUCUUCACCAAGGAAGAACUGGGAAUGCUGGACACCGCCCAGAGGAAAUUGUACCAAGAUGUGAUGCUGGAGACCUUCAGGAACCUGCUCUCUCUGGGACCUCAAGCCUUUCAACCAGAUAUAAAAUUACAUUUGGGGAGAGAAGAGAAACUUUUGAUGAUGGAGUCAGAAAUUGAAGAUGAACAUUCAGGACACAGGAAUCAAAAUGAGAUAGAGACUCUUCAAGAAGUGGCAUUAAGCUCUCUAUUACAUGAAGAUGUUACAUGCUGGCAGAUGUGGGAAAAAUGUACAAGUAAAUUAGCCAGAAAUCAAGAUGCGAUAAUAAAUCUUCAAGGCAAGAGCUCUGAGAUGCUAAAAGAAGGUGAUUCCUCCUGUCAUAUUUGGGCAGGAGUAUCUAUUGACAUUUCUGAAGAUGAGAACAAAGGAAUGAAGCUUCAAGGGGAGAGUUUCAGUAGGAAUCAAAAUAAGGAGUUUCCAGAUAGGACCACCUGGGAUUUUUGGAGGAAAAUAUAUCUGAGACAGUCACAGAACUAUCAAAUGGAUAUAAGAACUAAAUGGUGUAAAUGCGAUCAGUGUGUUACGAGAACAGACUCUCAUCACCGUGAUGGUCAUGGAGUACACAGAAGAGAGAAAGCAUUUAACCAUAAUAAUUUUGGAAAAGACUUGAAAUCAUCCCAGCAUAAUAUAAUCCACUCAGGAGAGCAAACCUCUGAUGGGAGUGGAAUAGUCAUCAGUAUUGACUCUAAUUUUGAACUUUGUCAGCAAUUGCACUUAGGAGAGAAGCUUCAUGUAUGUAUCGACUGUGGAAAGGGCAUCAAUUAUAGCCCAGUUCUUCCCAUUCAUAAAAGUGUUCAUUCAGGAGAGGAAUACUUUAAGAAUAAAGGAUGUGGUGAGGGCCUCAGUCAGAGUUCACAUCUUCACACUAAUCAGAAAAACAACACAGGAGAGAAAACCUGCAAAUGUCAGGUAGGUGCUAAGAGCUUCAAUGAGAAUUCCUCUUGUCCUGCAUAUGAACUUAUUCACACAGGAGAGAAGCCAUGUAAGUGUGACAUGUGUGGGAAUGACUUCAGUCUUGGCUUAGAUCUUAUCAUUCCCUGUGUGGACAACACUGGAGAGAAAUCCUAUAAAUAUGAUCUAUGUAACAAAGGUUUCAAACAGACAUCACAACUUCUUACUCAUCAGAGAGUCCACAGUGGAGACCAAACAUGCAAUUGGGAAGCAUGUGAUAGGAUAUUUAAUCAGAAUUCUGAUCUUCAUCAAAGACGCCACACUGAAGAGAAACCAUAUCAAUGUGAGGUGUGUGGAAAGGUCUUCAGGAGGCCCUCACAUGUUCAGCCCCAUCAGAGAAUAGAUGGUACAGAGAAACCAUACAAAUGUGAUGUGUGUGAUAAGAACUUCUGCCAUGAUUCCAAUUUUCAAGGCCAACAGAGAGUCCACACAGGAGAGAAACCAUACAAAUGUAAGACAUCUGUUCAGAACUUCAUACAGAUGUCACAUCUUCCAGUUCAUCAGAGAAUUCACACAGGACGGAAGCCAUAUGAAUGUGAGACGUGUGGUAAGGGCUUCAGCUGGAGUUCACGUCUUCAAGUCCAUCAGAGAGUCCACACGGAAGAGAAACCAUACAAAUGUGUGACAUGUGGUAAGGACUUCAGUCAGAUUUCCAAUCUUAAUGCUCAUCAGAGAGUUCACACAGGAGAGAAGCCAUACAAAUGUGCAUCAUGUGGUAAGGACUUCAGUCAGAUUUCACAUCUUCAGCGUCAUCAGAGAGUUCAUACAAGAGAGAAGCCAUACAAAUGUGAAACCUGUGGUAAGGCCUUCAGUUGGAGUUCAUAUCUUCAAGCCCACCAGAGAGUCCAUACCGAAGAGAAACCGUAUAAAUGUGUGACAUGUGGUAAGGACUUUAGUCAGAUUUCAAAUCUUCAUUCUCAUCAGAGAGUUCACACAGGCAAGAAGCCAUACAAAUGUGACAUGUGUGGUAAGGCCUUCAGCAGGAAUUCAGAACUGCAGGCCCAUCACAGAGUCCACACAGGAGAGAAACCAUAUAAAUGUGUGACAUGUGGUAAGAACUUCAAUCAGAUUGCACAUCUUCAGGGUCAUCAGAGAGUGCACACAAGAGAGAAGCCAUACAAAUGUGAGACAUGUGGUAAGGCCUUCAGCUGCAGUUAUUAUCUUAAAGCCCAUCAGAGAGUCCACAUAGGGGACAAACCAUACAAAUGUGAGAUAUGUAGUAAGAACUUCAAUUGGAUUUCAAAUCUUCAUGUUCAUCAGAGAGUUCACACAGGCGAGAAGCCAUACAAAUGUGAGACGUGUAACAAGGCCUUCAGUAGGAGUUCAGAACUUCAGGCCCAUCACAGAGUCCACACAGGAGAGAAACCAUACAAAUGUGAGACUUGUGGUAAAGCCUUCAAACAGAUUGCACAUCUUCAGGGUCAUCAGAGAGUUCACACAGGAGAAAAGCCAUACAAAUGUGAGACAUGUGGUAAGGCCUUUAGCUGGAGUACACAUCUUCAGGUUCAUCAGAGAGUCCACACAGGAGAGAAACCAUACAAAUGUGAGAUAUGUGGUAAAGCCUUUACCUGGAGUUCAUGUCUUCAAGCACAAGAGAGAGUCCAUACAGUAGAGAAACACUAUAAAUGUAGUGGAUGUGCUAAAGGCUUCACCAGAAGUCCACAUCUUCUUAUUCAUCAGAGGAUCCACACAAGAUAGAAACCCUAUUGUAGCAUCCUCACAUCUUCAAGGCCAUCAGAGAGUACAUACGGGAAAGGAACCAUGAAAGUGUUUUCUGUGUGUUCUCGCGAGAAUUCUGGGAAUUGUAUUCCGGGAGCUGCGGCCUGUGCCAGGCACUUCCGCUGCAGGAGAGCAAGGCUGGUACUGUCGAUCCCUUUCGGACGGUCUGCCUGUCCAGGACUCUUAUGUCCUCCAGAGGAGCAAAAGAAAAUGACCAGGUUUCAGGAGGCAGUGACUUUCAAGGAUGUAGCCGUGGUCUUCACCAAGGAAGAACUGGGGCUGCUGAACCUUGCCCAGAGGAAAUUGUACCAAGAUGUGAUGGUAGAGACCUUCAGGAACCUGCUCUCUGUGGGACCUCAAGCCUUUCAACCAGAUAUAAAAUUACAUUUGGGGAAAGAAGAGAAACUUUUGAUGAUGGAGUCAGAAAUUCGAUAUGAGCAUUCAGGACACAGGAAUCAAAAUGAGAGAGAGAGUCUUCAGGAAGUAGCAUUAAGAUCUCUAUUACAUGAAGACCUUAUAUCCUGGCAGAUGUGGGAACAAUUUACAGGUAUAUUAGCCAGAAAUCAUGAUGUGAUAAUAAAUCUUCAAGGCAAGAGUUCUGAGAUACUAAAACAAGGUGGUUCCCCCUGUCAGAUAUGGGCAGGAAUAUCUCUUCACAUUUCUGAAAAUAACGAUGAAAUGAAGCCUCAAGGGGAGAGUUUCAGUAGAAAUCAAAAUAAAGAACUUCCAGAUAGAGCCCCCUGGAAUUUGGGGAGGAACACAUACGUGAGAGAGUCACAGAAUUAUCAAAUGGAUGUAAGAACUAAAUGGUGUAAAUGUGAUCAGUGUAUUAUGAGAAGGGUCUCUCAUCACAAUCAUGAUCAUAGAUCACACAGAAGAGAGAAAGUGUUUAGCAGUAAUUGUGAAAAAGACUUGACAUCAUCCCAGCAUAGUGUAAUGAACUCAGGGAUGCAAACCUCUGAUGAGAAUGGAAAAGGCAUCAGCAUUGGUUCUAAUUUUGAACUUUGUCAGCAAUUGCACUUAGGAGAGAAGCCUCAUGUAUGUAUUGACUGUGGAAAGGGCAUCAAUUAUAGCUCAACGCUUCGCAUUCAUCACAGUGUUACAGGUGAGAAAUACUAUAGGAAAGAUGGGUAUGGUGAGGGCCUCAGUCAGAGUUCACAUCUUCAAAAUAAUCAGAAAGACAACAUGGGAGAGAAAACCUACAAAUGUCAGGUAGGUGUUAAGAGCCUGAAUGAGAACUCCUGUCCUGUGUAUGAACUUAUUCCCACUGGAGAGAAGCCAUGUAAGUGUGACAGGUGUGGGAAGGGCUUCAGUCUUAGCCUAGAUCUUAUUAAUUGCUGUGUGGACAACUCCGGAGAGAAAUCCCAUAAAUGUGAUAUGAAUAAUAAAGGUUUCAAAGAGGCAUCGCAACUUCUUACCCAUCAGAGAGCCCACAAUGGAGGCCAAACAUACAACUGGGAAGCAUGUUGUAGCGUAUUUUCUCAGAAUUCUGGUCUUCAUCAAAGAGUCCACCAUGGAGGGAAACCAUAUCAGUGUGAGGUGUGUGGUAAGGUCUUCAGGAGGCCCUCACAUCUUCACACCCAUCAGAGAAAACACACUGCAGAGAAGUCAUACAAAUAUGAUGUGUAUGAUAAGGACUUCCACCAUGAUUCCAAUCUUCAAGCCCAACAGAGAGUCCACACAGAAGGGAAACCAUACAAGUGUAAGACAUCUGUUAAGAACUUCAACUUGAUGCCACAUCGUCAGAUUAAUUGGAGAAUUCACACAGGAGGGAAGCCUUACAAAUGUGAGACAUGUGGUAAGGGCUUCAAGUGGAGUUCACAUCUCCAAGUCCAUCAGAGAGUCCACACAGGAGAGAAACCACACAAAUGUGUGACAUGUGGUAAGGACUUCAGUCAGAUUUCCAAUCUUCAUGCUCACCAGCGAGUUCACACAGGAGAGAAGCCAUACAAAUGUGAGACAUGUGGUAAGGACUUCAGUCAGAUUUCACAUCUUCAUGCUCACCAGAGAGUUCACACAAGGGAGAAGCCAUACAAAUGUGAGACCUGUGGUAAGGCCUUCACCUGCAGUUCACAACUUCAAGUCCAUCAGAGAGUUCACACAGAAGAGAAACCAUACAAAUGUGUGACGUGUGGUAAGGACUUUAGUCAGAUUUCAAAUCUUCAUUCUCAUCAGAGAGUUCACACAGGCAAGAAGCCAUACAAAUGUGACACGUGUGGUAAGGCCUUCAGUAGGCGUUCAGAACUUCAAGCCCAUCACAGAGUCCACACAGGAGAGAAACCAUACAAAUGUGACACAUGUGGUAAGGACUUCAGUCAGAUUUCACAUCUCCAGGGUCAUCACAUUGUCCACACAGGAGAGAAGCCAUAUAAAUGUGAGACAUGUGGUAAGGCCUUCAGCUGUAGUUCUUAUCUUAAAGCCCAUCAGAGAGUCCACACAGGAGAGAAACCAUACAAAUGUGAGACAUGUAGUAAGCACUUCAAUUGGAUUUCCAAUCUUCGUGCUCAUCAGAGAGUUCACACAAGCAGGAAGCCAUGGAAAUGUGAGAUGUGUGGUAAGGCUUUCAGCAGUUCACAAUGUCGAGCCCAUCAAAUCCACACAGGAGAGAAACCAUACAAAUGUGAGACUUGUGGUAAGGCCUUCAAACAGACUGGACAUCUUCAGGGCCAUCAGGGAGUCCACACUGGAGAGGCCAUAUAAAUUUGAGACAUGUGCCAAGGGCUUCAGCUAAAGUUAUGAUCUUCAGGUUACUCAGUCCACACAGGAGAGAAACCAUACAAAUAUGAGACAUGUGGUAAGGACUUCAGGUGGAGUUCAUGUCUUCAAGGACAAGAGAGACUCCAGUAGAGAGACCCUAUAAAUGUGCAUGUGGUAAGGGCUUCACCAGGAGUUUAGUGUUUGUAUUCAUCAGAGGAUCCACAAGUGAUACAAACCCUGUAAAUGUGGCAUAUAUGGUAAAAGCUUCAUUCAGUCCUCAUAUCUUCAAGGCCAUCAGAGAGUAGAUACAGGAGAAAAACCAUAAAAGUGUUUUCUACGUGGUGAUGGCUUUAUUCAGUGUUUAUUUGUUCAAGUUCAUCACGUGCCCCAUGGAAUAACUAGAGAAAAGAUACAAAACGCAUGUGACAGUGUUUCCAGGGUACAAGCGGCCAGAGAAGGAAUCCUACAAUAUGUAGUAAGGACUGAAUGAACAAACGGAGAAUUACGUCUGAAGGGACAUGAGAAUUCCAUUAGGAGUACUGAGGAUUUCACAUCCCACUGUGGUUGGAGCAUCACUCUCCUGUCGGCAUGUGAAUGAGGUUAGAUAACUAGGCAAGGACAGUCAUGAAACAACUCCUUUCACGUAACUGGAUGUGUACUUACUAAUUUUGAAGAAUCAAUGGCAAUGGGGCUCAGUCUUAUGCAGUCCUCUACUGAUGGUUGAAUGUGAUUGAGAAUCAUUGUUGUACAGUUGUCUGUCUUGCAGUUGUCAGAGCAGUUGAACACAUCUGGCAUAGUCCUUUCCAUGGGUCUCUGAGACAGUUCUUUUUGUUGAAGAUAAAACAUUCUGGCCUAUAGCUGAUUGCCAGAGUUUUUAGGGAAGCAAAGAAUAAAAACUAUCAUUGGACAAAGAGAGCCAGAGGACUGAAUAGCAAGUGUAAAGGGUUCUUGUGGGUACCUUCCGCUAGUCAAGUUGUCCUUAUGUAGUUCAACAGCAACAACCUUUGGAUCCCAUCUGGGGCUACACUCCCUCCAAAGGCUCUGGGAGAGAAUUCUUCUUCCCUCUUCAAGCUUUUAUGACUUUACUAAACAAACAAAAAUCAAACAUGUUCAAUUCUGAAACAAAAUAGUUUAGCCUACCCAAGAUAUAGGAGAGUGAGCCAGAAGACUCCACUUUGUUAAGAAGAAAAAUCAUUCCCUGCUACAUCCCUCCUUUAAUAUACAAAAUGGGAUAGUUACCCUCUGAAAAUUGUAAACAAACCAUAGUUUUAUUAGCUAGUAAUUGGUAUAAAACUAACAGGAAUCUGAAACCUAAAAUAUGUUGUCAACCCUAACAGAACCCAAUAAAUCUGAUAAUCUUGUCACUGCAACAUUUGUACCAUCUAUGAGAGUUAAAAAUGUAAUUGCCAAUGUUAAAUGCAUUAAAUAACAGCUAUCAUAGUAUAACCCUAGUAAAUGCAGAAAUGGUUUUAAUGUGCAAAGCAGUAUUACAAAAUAAAAUGGCCUUAAAUAUCCUUACCAUCUCCCAGGGGGGAAUAUGUGCUCUAGUCAAAACAAAGUGCUGUACCUAAAUUCCUAAUGAAUCUAGAAACAUCUUUUCUCUCCUACCUCACCCAAAUGAUCAAGUUCAAGCUAAGAAUAUUCCAGUUGAUAAUUUAAAUUCCAUUUAGUUGACUACCUUCAGAAACAAGAUCAUGGUUACAGACUCUUCUUCAAACUGUGCUUGUAAUCUUGAUUGCUGCAUUUAUUCUUGUUCUAGUUAAAUGCCUUUUGUCUCUAUGUACUCAAAUUAUAACUCAAACAUGUACGAUAAACCCUUUUCAUCUUCCAGAACUCUGGCUAAGAAUGGUCCAUUCUCUCCCAAAGGAAAUAGACAAUAUCUACAAAUUAUGAGUCAGAAAUUCCACGAGAUGACCACUUAAUUACUUCGACCCAAUUUUCAGAAGAAAUGAUGGCCCAAUUCCCAAGAUUGGAAAUGGAUACUGUUUCAACAGUGACUUUUUAAAUAAAAUCUUAGUAAGCAAGCAGGAAAUUGUAAAGUAGCCUUAAAAUGUAACCUUUAGGAGGCAGGGCAAGAUGGUGGCAAUAGAAAAGUGUGGAAUUUAGUUAGUCCU